AUUUCUCACAUGAACCCAUACAUAUUGUCUAUUCUCAUUAUUGAACAGAUUGGAAAGAUGUGCCUCCCCUAUUCAUCUUCUUCCCCAUGAACCCAGCACUUUACCAAUACCUUUCUUCUACCCAUUUUCAACUACAUUUCUCUUCCCCCCUCCCUUGUUGUGACUAAGUUUGUGUGAAAACUAUGUUGUGUUUGCACAAACCUAGAUGUUCUGGGUUCAGGAUAGAUCUGGGUUCCUCGCAAACCCAGAUCUAACCCAACAAACAAACCCAGCGCAUGAACUCAUUGGAUUUCAAGCAAAGCCCCUUUCCUUCCAUCUCUUUUAGACAAGUGAAGGAUGCUAAGUUUGUUCUAGAUCUAUGGUUUAUUAAUGUUGACUUUACUUGGGACCUCCUGAUUUUGAUUGUUUUGCCCUGUUUUUUUCCCCAAUGUUGUGGGUUUGGAAUUGCUAUUCAAAAUUAUGAUUAAAGGCUUGUAGAGGAC